AGACUCCAGGCAGUCAACAUGGUUCGGUGGAAGCUAUGCAACGUUUUGUUUCUCAUGCUUCUCUGCAAGUCAAACGGACAGUUUGACAAUACACGGAGGAGGCCCUUCCAAUUCAGAUUUGAGACAUUUGACAAAUACUUGGACCGCCACCACUUAGGAAACCCAAAGGACAGAAUUAGUUCUUCACCAAGGUUCACCCUCCUGGCUCCGGACCUGCUGAGGACAGACAGUGAGGAGAACAUCUACCUACAGGCUGACGGUCUGUCCAACCCCGUCACUGUCUCCAUCUCCAUCCAGGACUUCAGUAAAAACGCCAUGCUCCUCCGGGACACUGUCACGCUCAAUCUAGAAAAUAAGUUCAGCGCUCUCAAGACCAUACAGCUUUCUUCGGAUAACUUGAAUCGUGAAGAAAAAAACAACAAGUUUGUGUAUCUGAAAGUGACCUUUGAGGGUUUCCACACUGAGGAGAGAGUGCUGAUGGUGUCCUUUCACUCUGGGUACAUCUUCCUCCAGACAGACAAACCCAUCUACAACCCUGGAGAUACUGUUCGAUUUAGAGCCUUUGUGUCCACUCCGUCCUUUAAGGCCUUUGACAGCUCCAUCACAAUAGACAUCCAGAAUCCAGAUGGUGUGGUGGUGAAACACAUCUCCAGAACCAAAGCUCCCGAUGGCUUCUUUUCCCAAACAUUUCCUCUUUCUGAAAUUGUCAAUGAAGGAACAUGGAUCCUCACUGCAAAGUUCGACCACUGGCAGCAGAACACGUUCACCUCCCAGUUUGAGGUGAAGAAAUACGUGCUGCCUGCCUUCAAUGUUACUUUGACACCCAGAAAGUCCUUCCUCAGCCUGGAUGACACCGAACUGGUGGUCGACAUCUCAGCCAGGUACCUUUAUGGGGAGCCGGUCCAGGGAAAGGCCUACGUUGUGUUUGGAGUAAAGAUCAACAAAGAGAUGAAUAGAUUACCGACAGUGAAGCAGGUGUCAGAUCUGGAUGGCGGAGCCGUCACACUGAGUAUGGAGGAGAUCAAGAGAGCUUAUCCCAACAUCAGAUCUCUGGUGGGCAACUCUGUGUAUGUCAAAGUGUCUGUGCUCACCAACACAGGGAGUGAUCUGGUUGAGGCUGAAAAGACUGGGAUUAAAAUCGUAGAGUCUCCCUAUGUCAUAUUCUUCAAAGACAUGCCAAAGUACUUCAAACCAGGCCUGCCUUUGGACUUCCAAAUCCAAGUGAGCCACCACGAUGGCUCCCCGGCCCGUAACGUCCUGGUCAAGCUGAACUUGCAGGAGACACCGUUGUUCGUCGCCUCCGGCACCGUCAGAGCCUCCAUCAACAUGCCCACUGAUCAACAUGCACAGACCAUCUCUGUAGAGACCACACAGGCUGGCCUGAGACCAGAGCAGCAGGCCAAAAAACAGGUCACUGUUCAUCCCUAUGCCACCUUCGACUCAAUUCAAAGAAACUACUUAUACAUCUCCACAGGAACCAACACAGUGUCUGUAGGAGAAGGACUGUCCCUGAAACUCAGCAUCUCUGUUGCACAACAGACACAAAGAGAAUUCGUGAAGCACAUCACCUACCUAGUGCUCAAUAAAGGCAAAAUCAUAACUGUUGAGCGUAUAAAUGUAACUGGCCAAGUGGUCACCAGCGUCCUACUGCCGGUAACACCAGAGAUGAUGCCAUCAUUUCGCUUUGUGGCAUUCUACAACAUUCCCUGGGCUGGACGUGAGGAGGUGGUGUCGGACUCCGUGUGGAUAGAUGUGGCGGAUUCCUGUGUUGGAGGGGUGAGUCUCAAAGUGGGGCCGGUGGGCGGCAUUCACAGAGACCACGUGCCUGGGAAGAGCUUUAGGUUUCAGAUCAGAGGUGACCCGGGUGCAAAUGUCAGCCUGGUGGCUGUGGACAACGCUGUGUAUCUUCUCAACAAGGACAGACUCACACAGAGGAAGAUCUGGGACGUGGUGGAGCACGGAGACAUUGGCUGCACUCAUGGGGGAGGCCGAGAUGCCACAGCAGUGUUUUCAGAUGCAGGACUGCUUUACGCCUCCAGUGCCGGGUUCCAAACUCAAACCAGACAGACCCUGCAGUGCCCAGGCAGUUCCAGGAGGAGGCGCUCUGCUGAGCUGCUGAAGCGUAAAGCUCAGCUGGAGAGUCACUACAAGGAGAAGCUGCAGCGUCGCUGCUGUAAAGACGGCCUCAGGGAGAUCCUGAUGCCGUACUCCUGCACGCGACGCUCCCUCUACAUCACUGAGGGCUGGGAGUGCAUCCGCGCUUUUCGAUACUGCUGCGCCACAUACAGGGACCAGGUGUUUGACACUGAGAUUCCCACCACCAUGCCACCCACCACUGCAGCUCCCACCACUGCAGCUCCCACCACCUCCUCUCGACCCAGGACUUCGGAUCCCUUUCUCACACACAGCAGAGUACAUCUCUCCCGGCAUAACUUUGAUUGGGGACGUAGAUCUGGACCACCUGGACCACCUGGACUGCCUGGAUUCUCUGGAAUGCCUGGACUGCCUGGAUCGGCUGGACUGCCUGGACUGCCUGGACCACCUGGACAAGAACGGCCAAUCUAUACAAGUGCAAACAAAAUGGGAGAAGAAGACAGUCUUUUGGGAGUGGUGAGAGAGGCAGUGGAGGAAGAAGAGGAGGACGAGUGGGAGUACCUGGAUGAGACUGAAGUGUAUCUGCGUUCCAAGUUCUAUGAGUCUUGGCUGUGGAUGGAUGUUUACUUGCCCAGCCAGGCAGACAGAGACGGGUUGGCGUCUAUGAUUGUGGAUAACGCUUUGCCUGACAGCAUCACAGAGUGGGGAGUUCUGGCAGUCAGUUCAUCCCCUCAAACAGGUUUCUGCGUUGCUGAGCCUUACAAUGUCAGAGCUUGGAAGCGUUUCUUUGUGGAUCUGAAGCUGCCAUAUUCAGUGGCGAGGCACGAACAGGUCGUGAUCAAAGCUGUGGUCCAUAACUACGGCUAUGACGACCUGCAUGUAAGGGUGGUACUGAUGAAGACAGAGGGCAUGUGCAGUGUUGCUUUCAAGGACAGACACACACAGGAAGUGACUGUGAGGGCUGGUUCUUCAGUGGCGGUGCCUUACACUAUUGUACCAUUGGUGGUGGGGAAACUUCCUCUGGAAGUAAUGGUGGUUGCCAGAGACAUGUUGGGAGGAGACCGCAUCCAGAAGUUGUUGCGGGUGGUGCUGGAUGGAGUGCAGAAGACUGAAGUUUGGAGUGCUGUGUUGAACCCAUCUGCUCAGGGAGGAACACAGACAGUUCUUAUGGGCAAGCAGGAACUGGAGUCAGUUGUGCCAAACUCUUCACCAGAGACAUUCAUCAAUAUCAGAGGCAAUGUGUUGGCAGACAGCAUUGAUAACUCGAUCAGUGAGGACUCUCUGGCGUCUCUGAUCCGGAUGCCCGGUGGCUGUGUGGAGCAGAACUUGGCCUCCAUCACUCUGCCGCUCAUUGCCACCCUGUACCUGGACCGAAGCAACAGCUGGGAGAGCGUGGGAGUGCAGCGCAAGGCUGAGGCUAUCCGAUACAUCACGAGAGGCUAUGAGAACCAGCUGGCAUACAGAAGGAGUGAUGGCUCUUACCCGCCCUACAGAGGCGAAGGAGCAAGUACAUGGAUCACAGCGUACGUGGUGAAGGUGUUCUCCAUGGCGUACUCCAUCAUCGGCCUUGACAAGCAGCAAGUGUGUGACCCUCUGCUCUACCUGGUGAAGCACAAAAUGCGGCUUGGAAAGCGAAUCUACGUGGAAGACAACCCUGUUUACGACACGACUAUGACUGGCGGUCUCCGUGGCGAUGACGCAGCAACAACUCUGACCGCCUUCGUCCACAUCGCGCUCGCUGAGGCCAAGCAGGCGGGGAUCCGCUGCAGCAGUCCAGGCGUGAAUGUGGAGCGAACGAUCCGUUUGACGUCAGAAUACCUGAAGAGAGCUCUGACCGAACCGGGGAGGAGACCCUACACGGUGGCCAUCGCCUCUUAUGCACUGGCUUUGCACGGCGCGCCUCCCGUCUUUCAUCAGCAUUUACUCAGAGCCGCAGCUCCAGGUUUCAGACAGUGGCCUGACAGGCAAAACCACUUGUUCUCUCUGGAGGCGACUGGCUACGCCCUGCUGGCUCUGAUCAAGUGGGGACGAAUGACGGAAGCUGCCGCACCCUUCAAUUGGCUGAACAGCCAAAGAAGAAGAGGAGGAGGCUUCGGCUCCACUCAGUCCACCAUGGUGGUGCUCCAGGCGCUGUCAGAGUACCUGAUACACAAACCCCCUCCUGAUGACCUCAGUCUGGAUGUAGACGUCAGGAUCAGUGGACGCAAGGAAAUCCGCCACCAUUUUAAUCCGACGACAGCCUAUGCUGCUCGCUCUUCCAGGCUGCCUGCUAAUCUUGAUUUGGAAGUAGAGGCUCGAGGAAAUGGACAGGGAAUACUAGAGGUUGUGACCCAUUACAACCAGCUGCAUGAGGUGGAUGAGAAAAUGCCGUGCCAGCACUUUGAGCUCAACGUCACUAUUGAAGAAUCCAGCGAAAAGCCUCCAGCAGAUGUAGAAAAGUCCUACCAGAUCACCAUCAAAGUCAGGGCUCUAGGACCCAGAGAUGUCAGGAUGGUGAUUCUUGAUGUCAGUCUGCCCACCGGAUUCACCCCAGAAAACUCCGACCUGGAGAUGCUGUCCAACUCAGUGGAUCGUUACAUCAGUAACUUCCAGAUUGUAGACAACCUGAGUGACAGAGGCUCCCUGAUCAUCCACCUGUUCAAGGUUUCUCACAAAGAACCAGAGAUCCUGAUCUUCCGGCUUCAGCAGAACUUCAAAGUCGGCCUCCUCCAGCCGUCCUCGGUUACAGCCUAUGAGUAUUACAACCCAGACCACCGCUGCAGUCGUACCUACACUCCCAAAGAGAACAACGAGGAGCUCACUCAGAUCUGCAGAGACAACGUGUGCCGCUGCACGCAGGGUGACUGCUGCGUCUCCACAGCUGACGGUGAAAAUUUCCCCAACAAAGAAAGAGAAACAUUUGCCUGCAAGAGCUUACACCACGUUUUCCAGGUGAAGGUUCUGAGUGUCAGCCAGAGUUACUACGACAAAUAUGAGAUGGAGAUAACGCAAGUGAUCAAACUGGGUGUGGAAGCUGGAGUGGAGGUGGGUCAGAAGAGGAUUUUCAUGUCUCAUGGAGGCUGCAGAGAUGGACUCAGCCUGAAGCAGGGCUCCCAGUACCUCAUCAUCGGCCCCAAAGAGGACCAGUGGAACGUUGACGCUGACACCAACAGGUUCAUCUAUAUGUUGGGGAAGGACACCUGGGUGGAGCGCUGGCCCUCGCCUGCAGAGUGCUCCAGCAGUCCCAGUCUGCAGGCCAAAUGUCAGAGUCUUACUGAUGCUGCGAAGGAUUUGUCGGUGAACGGCUGCAGGCUGUAGAAGAGUCUGAGCAGCAAUGGCACACACAAUGGCUUUCCUGUGUCAUUUUAACCCACUGUAUGCAGUAGGGACUUUUUUUUUUCCCCUCCAAACUAUAUUUGGUGUUUUCGUUGUAAAAAUGAGAACUGAGUGUAGCCAGUUAUAAAAAAAAAACCCCACAAAAUGUUUUUUUCUUUCUGCUGCUGCUGUGAAUCUAUGAUAAGAAAGAGGAAGAACUCAAACCACUGACAGCAAAAAGUAGUCAAAGCGCUCUGAACAGCUCCCACAUUGGUGCUACAUAUUUUAUAGAAGGAUUAUUAAUACACAGCAAAACAGUCUGAUGUGCAUGUUAGACAGUAUGCUGGAGGAAAACAAGUAGAAAAGAGUGUGUGAAGUUCAGAGUUCAAUAAAUGUGAAGGAAGUACAAAUUGUUAUUCAUAAUAUUAAUCUGUCAAUUUUUAAAAAACUUAUUUAAAGACAUUCUCUGACAUCUAAGACAUUUUUAGGAAUGACAAUUAUUUACCUGGAAACAAAAAACUUUGAACUUUUAUUUACAUUUUUGCUUAAAAUGUUUCAUUCUCAGACUGGUCGGCCUCAGCAUCAUGUGAAAUCACCGCUUAGCUGCUUCAAUAAACAAACUAUUCUAAA